CAUGUUCAAAAAAUGUGUUAAACCAUAACAACCAUAACUUAACUAUUUCUUCUUUUAAGAUGUAUUUUUCGAUAUAAUUAUAAAAACAUUCGACUUAAAAUUCAUACAUUUUAAUUUUUAAACAGACGUUUAUAUUUUGUUAUUAGCAUUGAAUAUACGGUUUAAUACGGUUAUAGUUCUGUUUGAAAAAUUUUAUUUUCUAAAUAUUUAUUUAAUUAUAAAUACUUCUUAUAGUGAAAUAUGUCUUUUAUGAAGACUUUAAGGAAAAAUAUUUCUAUGAAAUUGAAUAUGGCGCAGUAUCAACUAUAUUCGUCUUCUAAAGAAUCAGCGGCCGUGGAACGUUGUUCAAUAGAUUGUGUAAUUCCUGGAUAUUGUCCUGAAGAACCACUACCGUCAUACAAUCAAAACAAUGUUAUUCCGUUUAAAAUUGACUAUUCAUAUUUCAUUAACGAAAUGUCAUCUAAACGCCAGCCGUCUAAACUUCGAGAAAUUACGAGAUUGUUAGAAAAACUACCACCAGAUUGCAUAAAAUUCGGUGUAGGAGUACCGAACGUAUUAACAUUUCCGUUUAAGAAGAUAAGCGUGGAACUAAUUACCGGCGAGAAUAUUAAUCUUGAAGGUCAAGAACUAUCUGAUUCCUUGCAAUAUCUGCCUUCGGUUGGAUAUCGACCAUUAAUAAAGAUAUUAGAAGAAAUACAAGAAAGUUAUCAUGGACCUCAAAAUUGGAAUGAAAGAUCUAUUAUAAUGACAUCUGGCGCACAAGAAGGAUUGUCCAAGGUCGUGGACAUGUGCAUGCGAUGCAACGACCCAGUAAUUAUGCCUGAUCCUGUUUACACGGGAGCCGUUGACUUGUUCAAACCAUAUAAUGCUGAUAUCAUACCGAUAGUACAAGAUUCAUGUGGUGUAGUCGUGGAAGAAAUCGAAAAAGUUUUAGCUGAAAGAAAAAGAAAAAUGAUGCCGAUACCUAAAAUGAUUUAUUUGAACCCAACUGCAUCAAACCCUGCCGGAACUACAAUUCCCACACAUAGAAAACGUGCAAUUUAUAAAUUAGCUUGUGAAUACAAUAUGCUUAUUCUUGAAGAUGAUCCAUAUUACUACUUACAUUUCGAAAAGGAAAAUCCAGUUAGUUUUUUGUCUAUGGACACAGAAGGUCGUGUGCUUCGAUUCGAUUCUUUUUCAAAAAUCAUGAGCUCUGGUUUACGCGUAGGCUUCGUUACCGGACCCAUAACAUUAGUACGUAGAAUAGAGCUUCAUAUGCAAACAUCAUCAAUGCACACAUCAUCAUUAUCGCAAGUACUUUUGUACAAACUUCUAUCACAUUGGGGUAAAGAUGGUUUGAUUUCUCAUUUUAUGCAUGUCCAAAACUUUUACAAACAAAAGUUGGAUCACAUGAUGUCUGCAAUUAAUAAAAAUCUUAACGGAUUAGCUGAGUGGUACGAGCCAAAUGGUGGCAUGUUUCUUUGGUUGAAAAUAAUUGGAUUGAACGAUGCCAAUAAAUUAGUCACUACUAGAUGUUUGGAUAAAUUAUUAAUUUUAGCUCCUGGGUAUGCGUUAUCAGCCAAUACCGAAAAACCAAGUCCCUACGUUCGAAUUUCGUAUUCCAUUGCGUCACCAGAAGAAGUCGAUCGAGGAAUUGCACUACUUGCAGAAGCCAUACGAGAAGAAUUAUCGAAGUAAUUCUUGUUUAUAAAAUCAAACAUAAUAAAUGAUACUUAUCAGUUAUUAAUUAUCAUUUGAGUUUGUAUGAAUUUGCAUAUCUAUAUAUUUUUUUUUUAUUGAAAAAUAUGUUAAGUUAUCAUAUUUUUAAGUUUUAACUUUUUAUUGUAUUUUUUAUUAUACAUAUUAAUAAUAUCUAGUAUAUAGUAUUAUAAUUUAUAACUAAUUAAUGAAAAUACAUGUUUUGUUUUACAUGAUAA